GGCUUGCUCUCUCUGCUUGCAGAAAGAUAGCCAAGGUUUUCCAAACUGGAAAGUGGUUGACGUCCGUAUAUGUUUCGUUAUUACACAUGAGUAUCUGUUAAUGUUCUGUUAUGUUGGAAGUGCAGUGGCUGUCGCGAGUGUGAGAAGAGAGACCAGUGUUUGUGUUGUGUGAAUUGUUCAGGAUCAACGGCUGGCUCUUUUAGGAAUGAAACUCUUGUGACUUGGCUUGGGGUUUUGGGGAGCGAGAGAGAGAAAUGCUGCUCUUCUCUGCUGUUCAGUGCCUCCUACACUCGAACUAGCUUCUAGCGACGGAUCAUGGCGGCCGUAUGGCCUCACCAGCAGUACAGUGCUGAGUUCGUCGUAUACUUGAAUUUAGUGAAUCUGUGAGCAUCGUUUGAUGUAUAAGACUUCUCCGUUGCAUUCAGUGGAGUGUUUAUUGUUAUCAGCCCCUUUCCGUAUUGUUGACGAUCAUACUAUUUGUAAAUUGUAUGGUGCAUAGGAAGUGGUUUACGUGAGUUUCUCAUGCUUUACACACAUACAGAGAAGGAUAAACUCAUAUUCGUCAGUAUCCUUGAAGAUAGUGAGUGUUCGUUUGGGUGCUGCUGUUUUUACAGAUCUCUAUUUAAAACUUCGAGAUCCCCAUAAUAUUUCUCUUUUAGUUAUUUUUGGGCGGUGUUCCACGGUUUAUUUUUGUGAUUGAAGAAAGGUGCACGCAUCUUGGUGUUUUAACAUUAAAACAGAAACGAAAGUUCUUACUAGUGGGUACAGUAAAAUUACAAAGGACAGUCAUAAAAGGAAAGCGGCUCGUGGAUUGAGUGCCGUUCGUGUUUUCAGAGUUUCGUUCUUGAAGAGAGGAACUUUUAUCAGCCUGCUUGCCCCCACAGAACGCCAAUAAAUAAAACUGGCGUGCGUUGCAGCCAUGUUGGAUCUGUAAGCAACAGAGCAACACCGACUGUUGCAUUCGGCAAGGUGUGAGAUGGGAGUUAAGAACAAUGGUAGAUCAACGGGCACUCUCACCAAAGAAAAAUUAAUGCAGUAAAUAGAAACAGAAGAAAGACUGUUCAUACAUGGCCCAUCAUGGCGGACUGGCUCACCAGACGUCUGCGUCGCCACCCCUCCAACAGCAGCAGCACAGCUCUAUACCACCCCCGCGACCCCCGAUGGCGCGGGUGCACCGUCCCCGCAUGGCGAUAAUGACGUCACCACCCCCAACUACCAUAAUACUCCAGCCUCUAGGCACUGCGACGCCGGCGUCCCCCGUCUCAACUACUUCUCGGCGACGGCAGCAACCCGCAGCAACGGAAGUGACGCUUGCAGCCCCGCGACCGGACGGCGAACGGACGGUGAACGAGUAUGUAGAAACGCCUUUUCGUCCUGCGAACGAGCAGCCAGGCAAGAACUUUGGUGAGUUAGUGCGCGAGGAGCGUGCGCGCGACCCGCCACACCGCCAAACGCUGCACCUGCCCAUCCACAAGAAGCAGCCAGUGACGAAACAGCCGGGAGCCGCCGUAACUUUCAAGAAGGAUGCUCCGGGUAGUAGUUCCGGUGUCAGCGCUCCCAGUGACGCAGGGACGAGUGGAGGCGACUGUUUCAGGGGCUCGAUCCUUUGCCCCGAGUGCGGGCGGUGCCGCUGCGACGAUUGUCGGCAACCCAGGCGACUGCCUUCUCGGUGGCUCUGUAACAAUGCAUGCUUCUGUUCCGCAGAGACGAGUCUCGACUAUGCCUCGUGUCUGUGCUGCGUCAAGGGCUUAUACUAUCAUUGUUCCAAGGACCUUGAGCUGGAUCACGACGACGGAUCGGCGUCGUGCGCGGACGAUCCCUGCUCGUGCGGCCCUCACCGCUUCUUGGCGAGGUGGGGGUGCCUUGCGGCCCUGUCGCUUGCACUGCCCUGUCUCUGGUGCUACUGGCCCCUUAAGGGCCUUGUGGGAUUGUGUGAAAAGUGCUAUGCAGGGUACAGGAGACAGGGCUGUCAUUGUGAGCCACGCAGGGACCCCAAACUCUCCGACAUCACGCCGGAGAAAAGGUUGCUGGACUCCAGUCCUGACUUCUGAGAUGUGUGCGCGUGAGUGUCAGUGGUUGGAAGGGAUGUCUCAGGGUUUCUAAAGAUUGGCCUUCCCAGUAGCCUGCACUGACUUCUGUCAACUAUCCAAUUGUAAAAUUAUCAUCUGCUAACUUAACAGAGACUUAUCCAGGCCCUUGAGAGCCUUUGUUUGUGUAAAGAAGCAGGAAUACAAUGGAAUUUUAACCCUUCUGAUGUGUUACUGAUACUCCCCUAACGUUAAUUUGAUGUUUCCUUAAUUGUAUGCUUAGCAAGCAUUGUUUGAUGUACAGGAAGGCCUGGUGCAGUAAUGGAGUGUCUGCACACUCGAAAAUGAACUAAUUCUGGCUGUCAGAAAAUAUUUGUAUAACUGACUGCAUACAGAAUAACUGGUCUCAUGGUUAAGUAUGGCAUUAAUACCGUCUGUUCUAUUGUACAAUAUCUGACAAUUAAAUAACCAGGCUGUUUUGGUAUGGCCAUAUACCGUAUUUACGCAUGUAUAGGCCGCAGCACAAUUU